CAGCAGCAGCAGCAGCAGCGGUUCAGACAAGAGAGAAGACAGAGCAGCGAUGGCGGAUUCCUCCGAGUCGUUCCCCGGGGUCACCAGCCCCAGCCGGGCCUCCAGGAGGGGGGACCUGACCUCCAGCCCCGGCAGAGACCUGCCCCCCUUCGAGGACGAGUCCGAGGGCCUGCUGGGGGAGGGGCCGCUGCCCGGCGAGGACGAGGACGGAGACGGCGAGGAGCUGAUCGGGCCCGGGAUGGAGAGGGACUACCGCGCCAUCCCGGAGCUGGACCGCUACGAGGCGGAGGGCCUGGACCUGGACGACGAGGACCUGUCGGAGCUGUCGCCCGGCGCCCGCGCCGCCGCCGAGGACGCCAUGAGGAGGCGGGACCGGGAGCGCGGGCUGAGCGGGCGCCUGCGGAGGGGCCUGCUGUACGACAGCGAAGACGAGGACGACGAGCGGCCGGCGGCUCGCCGGCGCCGCCUGGCGGAGCGCGCCGCCGAGGGCGUGGCCGACGGCGAGGACGAGGACAUGAUCGAGAGCAUCGAGAACCUGGAGGACAUGAAGGGACACUCGGUCCGCGAGUGGGUGUCCCUGCCGGCGCCGCGCCUGGAGAUCCACCACCGCUUCCGGAACUUCCUGCGCACGCACGUGGACGAGCACGGCCACAACGUGUUCAAGGAGAAGAUCAGCGACAUGUGCAAAGAGAACCGGGAGAGCCUGGUGGUGAACUACGAGGACCUGGCGGCUCGGGAGCACGUCCUGGCCUACUUCCUCCCCGAAGCGCCGGCCGAGAUGCUGAAGGUCUUCGACGAGGCGGCGAAGGAGGUGGUCCUCGCCAUGUACCCCAAAUACGACCGGAUCGCGCCGGAGAUCCACGUCCGGAUCUGCAACCUGCCGCUGGUGGAGGAGAUCCGGUCCCUGCGGCAGCUGCACCUGAACCAGCUGAUCCGGACCGGGGGCGUGGUCAGCAGCUGCACCGGCGUGCUGCCGCAGCUGCACAUGGUGAAGUACGACUGCGGCCGCUGCGGCUGCGUCCUCGGCCCGUUCUUCCAGAACCAGAACCAGGAGGUGAAGCCCGGCGCCUGCCCCGAGUGCCAGGCUCAAGGGCCCUUCCAGGUCAACAUGGAGGAGACGCUGUACCAGAACUACCAGCGCAUCACGGUGCAGGAGAGCCCCGGGAAGGUGGCGGCCGGCCGCCUGCCGCGCUCCAAGGACGCCAUCCUGCUGGCCGACCUGGUGGACAGCUGCAAGCCCGGGGACGAGAUCGAGCUGACCGGGAUCUACCACAACAACUACGACGGCUCGCUCAACGUGUCCAACGGCUUCCCCGUCUUCGCCACCGUCAUCCUGGCCAAUCACAUCGCCCGCAGGGACGAGGGCGUGGCCGUGGCCGAGCUGACCGACGAGGACGUCAAGGCCAUCGUGGCGCUGUCCAAGGACGAGCGCAUCGGAGAGAGGGUCUUCGCCAGCAUGGCGCCGUCCAUCUACGGACACGAGGACAUCAAGCGGGCGCUGGCCUUGUCUCUGUUCGGAGGAGAGCCCAAGAACCCAGGGGGGAAACAUAAGGUCCGCGGGGACAUCAACGUGCUGCUGUGUGGAGACCCGGGGACGGCCAAGUCCCAGUUCCUCAAGUACGUGGAGAAGGUGUCUAGCCGCGCCGUCUUCGCCACGGGACAGGGCGCGUCCGCCGUGGGACUGACGGCCUACGUCCAGCGCCACCCGGUGAGCCGGGAGUGGACGCUGGAGGCGGGGGCGCUGGUGCUGGCCGACCGCGGCGUGUGCCUGAUCGACGAGUUCGACAAGAUGAACGACGCCGACCGGACCAGCAUCCACGAGGCGAUGGAGCAGCAGAGCAUCUCCGUCUCCAAGGCCGGCAUCGUCACCUCGCUGCAGGCGCGCUGCACCGUCAUCGCCGCCUCCAACCCCAUCGGUGGCCGGUACGACCCCUCCCUGACCUUCGCCGAGAACGUCGACCUGACCGAGCCCAUCCUGUCCCGGUUCGACGUCCUGUGUGUCGUGAGAGACAUGGUGGACCCGGUGCAGGACGAGAUGCUGGCCCGCUUCGUGGUCGGCUCCCACAUCAAGCAUCACCCCGGUAACCGGGAAGGGGGCGUGGCCUUGGAGGAGGUGGUGCUGCCCAACUCGUCGGACGUGCCGCCCAUCCCCCAGGACCUGCUGCGGAAGUACAUCCUGUACGCCAAGGAGCGGGUCCACCCCAAACUGAACCAGAUGGACCAGGACAAGGUGGCCCGGAUCUACAGCGACCUGCGCCGGGAGUCCAUGGCCACCGGCAGCAUCCCCAUCACGGUGCGCCACAUCGAGUCCCUGAUCCGCCUGGCCGAGGCGCACGCCAAGCUGCACCUGCGGGACCACGUCCUGGAGGACGACGUCAACAUGGCGGUCCGCGUGGCGCUGGAGAGCUUCAUCAGCACGCAGAAGUUCAGCGUCAUGAGGAGCAUGAGGAAGACGUUCUCCCGCUACCUGGCGUUCCGCCGGGACAACAACGAGCUGCUGCUCUUCAUCCUGAAGCAGCUGGUGGCGGAGCAGGCGUCGUACCAGCGGAACCGCUACGGCGCGCAGAACGACGUGAUCCAGAUCCCCGAGAGGGACCUGCAGGACAAGGCCCGGCAGAUCAACAUCCACAGCCUGUCCUCGUUCUACGACUGCGAUCUGUUCCUGUCCAACAAGUUUGUCCACGACGCCAAGAAGAAGCUGAUCCUGCAGCAGUUCUAGAGGUUCUGCAGGUUCUGCAGGGUUCUGGAGGGCUCUAGAGGGUUCUGCAGCUCAGCUGCAGAGUCAGCAGCUGUGAAGCGUUCUUGAUGUUGAAGCUGGUCCCUCUGGUUCCUCUACUUCCGGUUGCCCCUGUUCGCCCGGUUCUGGUUCUGGUUCUGCUGGACUCUGUUGUAAAUAGGUGUAAAUGUGUCGGUUCUGCUGCUGGACGGAACGUUGAAGUGUCUUUUCUGGAUGUUUUGAUAAUAAAGCUGUUGG